AUGAGGUUACUGUUAACGUCGGUUGCUAUCAUUCAGUUGUGCACUGCAGAGUCGAAAAAGGAAAAUGUUCCUCACACUGGACCAUGCAUGCUGAAUGAUGAUGGUAUGAAGUGCACGAAACAAGGAUAUUAUGAUAUUGUCCAAUGUGAUGCCCGUGGCUGCUUCUGUGUGGCAGCUAAUAAUGGUCUGGUGGCUUUCGACACGCGAACAUCGAAUAACAUGACUUUACCGAAGUGUUCAAACUGCCACAAAGCCUUGAGAGAUUUGUACGCUGAUGGAGAUGCACCCCAUGGAACUUUCGUGCCGAGGUGCGAUGUUGCUCUUGGUGACUACGAGCCAUUGCAGUGUGAUGCAAGGCAGGAAUACUGUUAUUGUGUGAACACCAAGAACGGUACAGAAUUGCCGAAUACGCGCAAACGAAAGGAAGGAAACAAGUACAUUACUUGUGGAAGGAACAGUAAGCUUCCACUAUCGCAAUCA